AUGGUGCCUGGGCCGUUACUGGCGCUUGCUUGUGCUGGUGCUGGUGCUGGUGUUGGUGCUGGUGCCUGCGCUAGUGUUUGUGCUCGAACCGGUGCUUGUGCUGGUGGUGGUGCUGGUACUGGAGCUGGUUCUGGAUCUGGAACCGUUGCUUGUGCUGGUGCUUGUGCUGAUGCCUGGGCCGGUGUCCGCGCUUGUGCUGGUGCCUGUACUACUGCUGGUACUGGUGCUGGUACUGGUGCUGGUACUGGUGCUGGUGCCUGUGCUGGUACCGGUGCUUGUGAUGGUGCCUAUGCUAGUUCUGGUGUUUGUGCUGGACCCGGUGCUUCUGCUGGAGCUGGUGCUGGCGCAGGUUCUGGUGCUAGCGCUGGUUCUGGUGUCUGUGUUGGUAGUGGUGUUGGUGCUGGUAUAGGUGCUGGUGCCUGUGCUGGAGCCUAUGCUAAUUCUGGUGUUUGUGCUAGACCCGGUGCUUGUGCUUGUGCUGGUGCUUGUGCUGGUGCCUGGGCCGGUGUCAGCGCUUGUGCUGGUGCAUGGAAUAGUGCUGGACCUGGUUCAGGUUCUGGUGCUGGUGCUGUAGCCUGUCCUGUUGGCUAUAAUAGUUCUGGUGUUUGUUCUGGACCCUCUGCUUAUGCUGGUGCUGUUGCUGUGGCUGAUGCUGGCGCUUUUGCCUGUCCUGUUGCUCGUGCUGGAGCUGGUGAUGAAGCUUGUGCUUGUGCUGGUGCUGGAGCUGAUGAUGGUGCUUGUUCUGGAUCUGGUGCAAGUGCUGGUGUCGGUGCUGAUGCUGGUGCUGGUGCUAAUGCUGGUCCUUAG